AUGCAAAAUCAGCCUUUUUCAUCAGAACGGACCCCGUUUUCAUCAUCUUCCGCACCAGAUACCCCGGAAUCAGCCUCACAAACCCCGAGAUCUCUACAUACAGACGCCGCAGAUGCAGAUCCUAAGCAUACCGGUGAUGACGAAGUGAGAGAUACCGGAACACAUAAGCCAGUCCCAACCUCCGCUAUACAGACAACCAUACCAUCUAUUAAGACUAGGGGGGUGGAAUACGAAGAUGAGAUCUCAGAGAGCGAGAUGCAGCUGCAGCAAGAGCUAUCACAAACCCCGGUUUUACAUACAGGAAGAGAUAGAUCAGAUGGUAUUAACACUGUAAAUAUCAUCUCAGGGUCCAGAUCUCGGAAACCCAGGCAGGACCCCGACUAUACAGUAUAUCUCGCUAUAGAAGAAGACGAACCACCAGCGCUAGUUUAUGCAUUUGGAGCCUGUAUAAACUAG